AUGUGCUUUCCUAUUUGUUUUACUUUGUCUAACAAUGAAUGUUAUGGUUUAAUAUACAUUUCUUUUUCAGACAUUCCAACAACACCUGGUAUGUGACUUAAGUACCGCAUUACAUAUAUACACGUAUAUCUUAAGUUAUAAAGACGUAAAUUUAAGACAUACUGUAUUGAUGAAAUAAGUUUUGAGGAACAAACAUUUUUUAGAGAUUUUAAUGAUUCAGAAAUGUUCUGGCAAAAAUUCAUAUACAGGGACCAUGAAGCUUGUUUAAGAGGGGGAGAGGGGCAGAAUAGCACGGGAGCUAUGCCAUGCAGGCAGGCUGGAUUUUAUCCGGUAUUUUUUUUAUUCACUGAAAAAGGGGGUGCUAUGGCCCCCUUGCUCCACGGUUUCUAGGACAAGAAAAGACACCAUUAGGGCAAGGAAAGAAAAAAAGUUUGCUAGAGGAAAGCAAAGGAAAAUACCUUUAAAUUUCUGCAAAAAGAUUCCAGCCCACACAGAACGACCAAAAAGAAUUUGUCCCAUCACUUUAAUAGAGAUGUUAGAAGCAUGUGCUGAAUGAAACUGUUAGUAACCUACAAAUUUCAAACAUGGUAAUAGGAAAUUAGUGGGUUUGUAGGCUAACCUAGCCAUCUUGGCCAAGCCAUGAUAUCAUAAUUAAUAUUGUUGCUCCAGUCUCCUUGAAUAAACUAUACUUGAAGUUGUCUAUUUGUAAAUAUUGAACACAAAGUUGAAUAACUGCUGGAAAAAUCUGAUCACACCACUGGCCUGUUUGGUUGCACUGGCUGCGUUUUAUUUUGGUGUUCAUUUACAUCAAUGAAACUCAAUUUUCUGUUUAUUUUCAGAGCCAUCAUGUGCACAGCUUCCAGCAGUUGCUAAUGCUGACAUAGUGUAUUCAAAGAAACACUUGUAUAGUAUUCCUCUUGGUAGCACAGCAGAGUAUAAGUGUCGAGGUGAAAAUACAUUUAAAAAGCAGUACAGACGUGAAUGUAAAAGGAGUGGCUGGAAUGGUAAAGUGCCCCCAAUAAAGAUUUGUUGUAAGUUUCACUUGUGUGUUCACGUAAUAUUACUACAGUAUGUGAUAAUGGCAUGGCAGGAACUAGUAUGAUAGAAAGAAAGCUUUGGAUAUUAUAGGGAUACAACUUCCUGAAAAUACAAGGAGAACUUCAACGUUUCAAGCGAAGGCCAGGGCUCGAAUUUUAUCGCGGCAAUCGCAGCAGUUGCCGUAGAGGGAGACCAAAAUGCCGUGGAUCAUUGUGGCAACGACUGCAAUUUUUAUUCUAUUCACUGUGCAUUACUAUUUUGAUACUUGAAUUCAGAUGUUAAUCAAAUCAUGCGUAAAUCACUAUUUUAGUCUCAGUUUUCUUCGAAAAAAAAAACACUAAAGAAAUACAUAGACAUGUUUCUAGCUUGUCAAAAAUCAGAAGUAACAAUAAAAUUAAAUUUUUAUUACAGUAAUUUGAAAAAUGCCGUGGAAACUGUCAAAAUUGCCGUAGACAGCUGUUACGUUCUACCGCAAUUUUUAACGCCAUUGCCGUCGAUUGAUUUCAGGGAAAUUCGAGGCGUGGUGAAGGCCCUUAUAUUAAACCAUUGUGCACCACCGCUCUUCCCUUGCCAAGCAGUCCCAACAAUCCAUGCAACUCAAAAGUUCUUGGUUUCAUGGAUAUUGUUUGGGAAUUUUGUACAUGUCUGCUACCAUAAACUUGAUGUGAUUUGAUUUUGUUGCUUGUCACAGCGAAGCUGAGAAAAUGUUUUAAAUAUGUUCUUUCUCUUGCUUUUAUGCUGUAUGAACAGUACUAAUCAAAUAAUAUAUCUUUAAUUUAAAUGAAAAGUGUGUAUUUUAUUUGCUCACCAUUUAGUGUUUUUGUCGCGACUGCAUUGCAAAUAUUUAACAUCAUCAGGGUGUUAGCUAGCCCAUAUACUGUCCGUUUGACGGACUCUUCCCAAUUGAAGUAGCUAAGGGGCUUUCCCAACUGGGUCUACUGGACGAUUUUCAUUUUUUCUGAUGAGAAAGUGCAUUGCGUUUGAUUUUAUAUUAUUAUAUCAAAGAACGUUUUAUUUACUUUUUCCCAUUAACUAUUUUCUCAAAAUAUAUCGCGUUUCAUUCAUAUUGGGUGUGUAUUCACUGAAAUGUACAAAACAAAGUGUAAUCGGUGUGCAUCCGUGUUCGUUCACCGGAAAUGAAAUAUACAAAACGAGGUGCCAUCGGAUGCAUUUUUCAGUGUUCAUUCACCGGAAAUGGAAUGUACAAAACCAACUUGAAGCUACGGUUGUUUGCAUCUAAGGAGAAACACGUUGGAACAAAACACUAUUUAUUCCAACACAAGAACUUUGAUCCUUUCCCAAUUUACGUUUAACGGACAAAACUUUUUUUUCUGGCUAACACCCUGAUCAUUCAACAUUUUCUCACUGUUGUAACUAUUGAUUGACUAGCAGUUGAAAGCUUUUUGGAGAUGGAAAUUUUAAGCGGCAGAUUGUAUCAAGAGUGGAUUUUCAUUUUUUCAAAGGAGGGGUAGAAACAUUUCUGGUGAGGUGCAAGCGGCACCAGUGAGUGAGCUUCGACAGGGGUUAGGUGUUAAGGUUAAAGACUUUCACACAAAAUAGGAGGAGUGAAGCAAAAUUUUGGUGGGGUUGAACACUUUAUACGAGGAGUUAGAGAGAUUCUAGGGGGGUUUAACCUCCUCCCCUAACCCCCCAGUAAAUCCGCCCCUGGAUUCUAUUAUAUACAAUUUUGGACCUUGCCAGGAGCAACUGUGAAAAAUGAAACUAUAGACCCACUGGCAGGAAUCUAACCUGUGGGUCUGCGAUUCCGGUGCAGUGCUCGAACCAACUGAACUACAAAGUUUUUGAGCUUUAUCACUUGACUACCAGUUGUGGAACCCACUUAUUUCUUGAUUCUCUUUAUUUUUCUACUUUAUAGCUUGUGGACUUCUAGAAGAUGUGGCAAAACCAAAGCCAUUUUUUGAUCGUACCUACAAAAAAGACAGCACAUAUAAACGCCUUUAUCCAUUUCACACAACUGCAACAUACUACUGUAAUAUCACAGGCCUCACUGGAAAGGCUACAUGUGAAAACACAGGCGAGUGGAAAUGGACCAGGGGUGAACCGCAGAAAUGUAUACCAAGUAAACCAAGUACCGGUAUGUUAAAUUACAAGAUUUUAUUGGCAUCUCACUCAUUGAACAUAAUGGAAUUUAUUGAGUGUAAAUUUUAUAUACCUUUAUUCAGGGGCGAAACUAGCCCCUUUUAAUUCGGGGAAUAUCUGCAGCAAAUUUUUAUUUCUGGCCACUAUUUUUCCCUGAAAAUUUUUUUAAAACAUGGGUGAAACCUUUAUUUUGGACCAAUAUCUGUAAAAUUUAGGUCUAUAAAUUCUAUUAAAUUCCCUCUGAAAGCCCUGUAAGUUACUUCAUAACUCUACAUUCUUUCAUUUAAACUCUUUGAUUGCCCUGCCAAUCCAGAUGAUUCGCCCUGUCAAUCCACAUGAUUCGUAUUUUGGUGGGGUGUCACCCCCCCCAUACUCCCCCCCCCUCUAGUUUCGCCCCUGCAUUUAUUAGGACCUUAUACAGUAUGUAUUUAUUAGACCUUGUAUAGAUUUAUUAGACUUUAUAUGCAUUCAUUAGGUAUAAUAAUGUGUAUAAAAUUUACUCCCGAUAAUUUCAUUAACAAACACUUCAACUAUGUUAAAUUAUACUUUGUGAUUGGGCUUGGUAACUUCAGUUGGAAACAUUAUUGCAGAAACAUUGCAUUAAUGAAAGAAACAUUUAAAUUAUACAUACAGUCGCCUGCUUUGAUACGCUGCAUCACGUCAUCUUACCUUGGGGGCAAAAUUGAGCCGAAUAAUAUCUGCCAUUAUUAUUUAUUUGAAAGAUUUAUAGUUUCUGAUUGGCUUACAGCCAGGCCUCGAAUUUCCCUGAAAUCAAUCGACGGCAAUGGCGUUAAAAAUUGCCGUAGAACGUAACAGCUGUCUACGGCAAUUUUGGCAGUUUCCACGGCAUUUUUUCAAAUUACUGUAAUAAAAAUUUAAUUUUAUUGUUACUUUGGAUUGCUGACAAGCUAGAAACAUGUUAACGUAUUUCUUUAGUGUUUUUUUUUUCGAAGAAAACUGAGACUAAAAUAGUAGUUUACGCAUGAUUUGAUCAACAUCUGAAUUCAAGUAUCAAAAUAGUAAUGCACAGUGAAUAGUAUAAAAAUCAUACUAUAUGGCAAAAAAUUGCCGUCGUUGCCGCAAUGAUCCACGGCAUUUUGUUCUCCCUCUACGGCAAUUGCCACGAUAAAAUUCAAGCCCUGUUUACAGCCAACUGUGAAAUCGUCAUAUCUACACAACAGCUGACCAAAUAUGGAGUUUUGACAUAAUAUUCAACGGAGUGACGUCAUAGCGUUGAAUAUGAAAAAAUUAUUAAUAGUGACGUUUUCGUUUUUCUAUUUUCAAGAAACGAAACAUCGUCACUUUACACACAAAAUUUACAAAAUUACAAGUAAGUGUUUCAGAUAUUCUUCAGUUGUUAUUUCAUGUGUUUUGAUGGUGCAAUUGUCGGAGCAAGCGCCUGAAAUCGUGGAUUCAGUUCCCGCUGCGGACUCAUGACACUUACGUGAAAAGACUCAGUCAACGCUCUUUCGAAAGUCGUGGGUUUUUUCCGGGUUUUUCCCACAGGGAAUGUUGACAAGGUGGGUUGGGAUAAGCUCCAAACUGACCCUUUUACCUCGGCUGUGCUCCGCGAUCAGAUAUGAAUCAUAAAAUGGCUGCCGGAAGCCUCCUUAAAAAGCCUUAAACCCGUUGCCUUGUGCCAGUUGCCAGUCAAUGUAGUCAUAUUGGACAUGAUUUAAACGCUUGGUUACCUUUGCUCCAGUUCUAUGCUUACAUUAUCAGACGUUAUCUUAAAAUGUAAACUGGAUGGCAACGGGGAACAAGCGUGCGUUAUUCGUAUAGGUUAUUUUGAGGCAACGAGGGGAUAUGUGAUUUAUUCACCGAGGCGCGCAGCGCCGAGGUGAAUAAACACAUAUCCCCGAGGUGCCUCAAAAUAACGUACUUAUUUUUCACACUGCGAGGUCGCGUUAAUGAGUCAGAAAAGAAAUAAUUCUUAAUGCCAUAUUGCCUUCGCGAUGUUGUUUUUUCUCAUUUUUUGUGCUGCAAAGACAUUGCAGGUGAAUAUUAGAGGGGAUUAUUAAUUGCAGGUGAAUAUUAGAGGGGAUUAUUAAACGGAAAUUGAUUAGAGGGGAAUAUUGAUUAUAUUCGAAAAAUAAGUUAUAAUAUUGUUGUAUUAAUCAAUUUUUUUUCUGUUUCCUAUUGAACAGCGAGCAAGUCACCAAUACAUCACAAUGAAGAGCGUACGGUGGUCAUCGUCAGCGGGUCGACGGGCGCAAUUUUAGGCGCCCUUAUUGUCUUAGUCGUCAUCGUAUCGUGUCAGCGGCGAAUUCACUACCAUCGCGUGAGACGUGCCAGAAUACGUCACCGCCAAGAUCAGGAUGCUUUCACAGCAUUCAUUACGUAUCAUCGCGACGUCCGUUUAAUGCUUCCUUCCUAUGACGAGGCUAUAAACCAACAAGAGCAGGGCCAACCACCCAGUUUUGAAGAAGCCCUGGGACAUUAUGAAGAGCCAACACUCCCCCCUGGGCACACACCUGCAAGUGAAAACCCCCCAUCAAUUUCAACCGAUUCCCCAACCUCAUCUGCCUCCCCGGGUAAUGAAAACGAUUCGGACACAGCUACCUUAGUCUCUCCGACGUCAGAAAAUAGUCGCUUCUUUCGAAGUCUUCGGACGCUAUUCGGAGGUCGAGCGUUCCGACCCGACGCGAUUUAUUGCCGAUUUGUACCCGAUGAGGAUGGAAGCGAGUCGCAGGCGAGAAGAGAGGAAAGAGGAUCGCACAAUAGUGCAACAGAUGAUGAUUUGACCGAGGUUCUAGCACAAGCUGGCUUGUAUUAG